GGUGAUGGAGAAGAAAAUGUAAUAACUCGGCCUGAAUUUUUUUGUAGCUAAACGUUGUUUGUUUUUCUGUACUCCGUGACAACCACAGCCAUGGCUGGUAUAAGAAGAGUGAACGGCAAAUUCUCUGGAAUAAACCCAGCCGUCAGUUGCUGUCGUCUGCGACAAAUUCAGGCUCUGCUUUGUGAGGGUGGCACUGCAACUCCUGGUGGCAUCCUGUGUCCUCUAGGAAUUGACAGCAGAUACAAUGAAGGAUGCACUGAGCUGGCAAAGUACUUGUUUUAUGGACUAUAUGGACAAAAUCAAGUUAACCUGGAGCACCUUGAGGAAUUUCCUGAAGAAGUGUUGGAUGAUGUAAUGCUGCUGAUAAAGGCAGAGUGUGUUCAUCUGUACUGCAACCCACUGAACUACAGUUAUCUGUUGCCCUAUGUGUCACACUGGAGGAACCUGCAUCUCUACUGCAUGACACAGGCAGAGUAUGAAGAUGAAGAAGCAGCAGAAGAAUUCAAAAUCUCCAGUUUUGUUACAAUGGUUCAAGAUUGCCAUCGUAUUGGAGUACCUUUCAGCGCCCAAGGACACAUUCAGACAUUUGAUAUGUUUAUGGUGGAAAAAUGGCCCCUUAUUCAAGCAUUUGCCCUGGAAGGCAUCGGUGGAGGAAGUUUUUUCACCAUGAAAUACAAGUUAAUGGACAUGAGUGAAAAGCUGUGGCAAGUUUACAACAGACUUGACCCAGUGUCUUUGGAUAAUCUAAUAACAGAGGACCUGGUAAUCUUUGAAAAGCAGUGGAGUAGUUUCUUUUCCAGCAUGGAUCUGGAGAGUCAUCUGUCCAUCCUGGAGCUGUCUGAGGCACAAGCAGGAGAGGCUUUCCGUACAUACUACUGCCAUGGACUGAUUUCAAGGAAUUUCACAGAUAAAAGCAAAAGUCGACAGCCCUUUAUGCUGUUUGGGAAACAUUCCUCUUUAGAAGAUCUGGAGAACUAUUCAUUCAGCUUUCCCUCAGAGAGUCAUCAGAUCCGCAACACGGGGCCUCAAGGUUCUUCAGCCAAACACAUGAUUGUUCAGUGUGUGUCUCCCAAAGGACCUUUAGCCUGUUCUCGAACUUAUUUCUUUGGGACUACGCACAGCCCAUAUAUUGGAAACCCAAAGAAAGAGCAAGAGAAAACAGAAGUCUUAAUUUUAUCACAGAUUUAUUCAGCUGCUGUUCAAGGAGUUCUUUCUGGGAUCAAAUGCUUCUCCUGUACCUCCAGUGCCACAAAGGCUAAAGAUGUAGCUGAAAACUCUUUUCUCAUGGCUUUGGACUCAGUGUAUUUAAAUCACUACCGAAACUCUCUCAGGUCCAAAUGUGAAUUCAGCAUUCAAGCAGUGAAUAAAAGAGGAAUGACGAUUCCUCUGACCGAUGAAGACAGCCGCUAUCUAGUAAAAACAGCUUCCCUGAUAGUCCAUGACAUCCCAGACCUUCAGGGCAAAGAGGGGACCCUUGGUUCUGUGGUCUUCUCUGAAUCCUUUCUGGAGUCCAGCAUUAACAUUCAGCAGAGAGAUGGCACUGUGUCCUCAGACAGCUGCUACACCAUCCUGACUGCAACUGUGCCUCGGUAUGCCUGCUGGCUGUUGGAAUCUGAUGUUAAGCUGUCUGAGCAAGCCCAGCAUCUUGCUAAGAAAGAGGAUGACAGUUUUCUAGGAACUGUUCUCACUGUAGCAGAUGCUGCGUAUGUGCUUUCCAGCAGCCAGCUCUCCUCACCUGAGGAAGGGAAAAUAAUCUUCUUCUCUGAGGGAAUCCUCUUUAUCCACUCUCAGUAUGGAUGCAUUACUCUGUCCAAGGAUCACAUCAGCAACAUCAACUUCUAUGAUCCGGACUCCAGUGGUGUGUCUUCUCUUUUUGUGAAAUAUGAGAUCAGCUUGCUCCCACACCUCCCGUUCCCUCUGCACAGCUCGGAUCAGCGUCUGGUCUUUUCCCUUCAGCCCAGAUCUAAAAGCCACAGGGCCUUCUAUUCUAAGGUGCUGCCGGUGUGGAGAAGCUCUGAAUCUGGACUCAGUCUACAGUUACUGGACCAAGAGCACCUGUCCUCGAACCAGAGAAACAUGCACACCAGAUUGCAGCAGCUUCACCACAGUCAGGAGCCACCAGUUGCCAAACGCAAAGGAAGUCUGAAGAAUUCCUACUCCAAGCUGCCAGAGCAGGAACUGGUUCUUCAACACUUUGCCCUGAGUAGCAUCAGUCAGGAGCCCAUCCUGUACGACCACCUGGACGUGCUUUUCCCCUCAGCUGAGCUCAGGAACACGCCUCCUGGUCAGAGACACAAGGUUGUCAUCACCAUUAUCACGGGACUGCCAGGAAGCCAUAAAAAGAGGCUUUGCAACUUUCUAGUUCAACUGAGCAAGGAAUUUGGAAGGUGGGUGGUGUAUGAGCCUGACAGCUUCUCAGCCUCACACCUCCAGCAGUAUUUGUCCAACUUUCUUGAGAGCCAGAGAUGUGGAAGAGGCAAACCCCGCUUGUUGCUGCUCUCACCUGGAUACACAGAUGUUCUAGAUGUGGUCCAGGCUGUACUUUUCCAUCCUGACCCAGUCGUCCAAGCAUGUUUCACCAUCGGUGCUGUAACAGCCUGCGUGAACCCCCUCAGUUCCUGUAUGGAGCAUAGGUUUGCUUUUCCAAAGCUGUUAGAGCAGUGCAGCCAAGGUGUUGUGAGUACAGUGGUGUUCACUGGGCUGACAGCAGAGGAGAAGCACCCUCUCAUGCAGCAUGUUCAGCAGUUGGUACGCUCUGCCAACCCCACAGCUGCCUUCAUACUGGCAGAAAGAGGAGCUGUCACCAGAAAUGAAGAUGUGAGUCUGAUACUGUCUGAGAGCAGCUUCAAUGAGCCACAGAUGCUGAGAGCACGUUAUGUCCUCUACCCUGGAUGGUGCAAAGGGCGCUUCUUCUCCGGUUCUGGGUCUCUGGUUCUCACCCAGCAGCGUGUGGCUUUCAGCCGGCCUCUAGAGAGGCCUCUAUUUGUCACCCGCUGUAAAGCGAUCAAGUCAUCACUGAGGCCAGGUCCCUUCAGAGGAAAUGUGUAUAACAUUUGGGGGAAAGUCAGAUUUUCUGACUCAGACCAGGCGAUGGAGGUGUGCUACAACACGGUAAGCGGGAGCCUGUGUAUUGUCCCAGAUCGGAGCACUGAACAUCCGACUGCAGUCCCUGAAGAGACCACUACUCCCUGUUUCCUGAUCUUUGAUGGCAUCGGCCUUACUGAGGACGGACUGAAGGACUGGUUAAGGCUGUGUGCCAAGCAGAGGCAGUCGAAGAAAACAAAGAAGACUAAAAAUACCUUGUCGCCACAAGAAAUCAAGAGCAUACAUGUGAACCGACAUUUGGACCCACUGCCACCAGGCUACUUCUACAACGGCUACCAAUACAUGGACAUCUUUGGAGAGAAAAGAAACUUCCAUCCCAACAUGGAUGAAUUUAUUAAAGAAUACAUAGCUGAGGCCAACAAAGAGAUCGAGCAUUUCAACCGUCAGUUGGAGGCCCAGGAGCAGCCCGAUUUAUUUGAUCCGUAAAGAAAUCUUUGUGCAUGGAUAGCAUGUGAUGCUGGCCGGCUCCCUGGUGGGGUUUCUCAAGAAUUGCUCCUCCUCUGUUGUCAUCCAAUCCAUGGUCCACCUGUUAGGUUGUUUGAUAGCUACACUGCAGAAGAGGGACUGCUUGGCCAUAAAGCUGUAAACAUUGGACAGCCUGUUGGCUGCAGGCAAAUGAUAAAUUACACUGUUUAUCACACACCUUUAAGCUAUCCCAGUGCUUUAUUUCAAGACUCCUGAAAUGACUCCUAAGAUUCAAGUUGUCCAAAAAUAGGUGUGUCCCAGCAAGUUUUGUCGUUACAAACACAGAAACACUGAGGUUGCAAUUCCACUUGAAAGAUUUACUCCUAAAACACAAGUAAGCUAAAGGGCUGCUAGUUAACAUGAUGCAGAUGCAGGGAGCUGAUGCCAGGUGUCGUGGGAUCUGUAGGAAUAUUCCUGUUAUUGAGUCUUUUGUGCUGCUACAUUUGGGCGGGACAUGGGCAAAAUGACAAUGUGAGAAACUUUAGGUACUUUAUUGUGUGGCUUGUUUUGAGUAAACACAAGUAGAGCCAUAAGAAAAAAGGCUGAUCAGUGGAGUCACGCUCUGUUCUUUUAUUUUUUUAUUUUAAUGAGUAAUUAAUAUUUUUUGGGUGUUUGCUCUAUAACUGCGUGUCACACUGAUGUUAAAUGCAUGUCUUCCUCUUCUCAGGGUUCCUACACAGGUUUUAAAAUUCUGUGACGUAAAAAAAUGUAAUUGAUUGGAAAAUGUGUGCUGCUGCUUGUGCAGCUGGUAUUUAUAUGGUGAAAGACAAAUUAUAGAUUGAGAUUUAUAAUCCAAAAUGCAUUGCAAGAUAAAUGCUUGCAACCUUAGAAUUUAGAAGUUGAAAAUGUGUAGGGACACUGCAACAGUAUCUGGAGAUUUGAUUCUUUCAUCCACAAUGGGGUUAGCAGUGUUACAGGCAGGCUGACCAAAGUUUAAGCCAUGUGGUUUGGGUUUGUCUUUAGUAAGUACGUACUGACUGCUCACCUAUACCUAAGCUGAAAUAACAAAAUGAUCCAUGUCUGGCAAACUUGUAAUGCAGAUCCGUCCACAAUGCUCCUUAAAAGAAGCAAACUGCACCAACCACAUAAACUCCAGUGGAGUUAAUAAAGCUGCUACUACUACAGUGAUAUGAUGUUUUGGAUUGGACACUAUUCUGCUCCAUACAGAGUAUUCUGAAAUGAAGUAAACACCUGCUGAUGCUAAAAUCUAAAAAGAUAAUGAAGCUCAAUCGUGACUUCAGUGUAUUUGGAUUACUGUUCACAUCUCUGCCAGCUUUUAAAUGUGUAAAACUGCUGUCAACAGCCAAGAAAAUAGAGACUUUGAAUAAUUUUGUGUCUUACAAGAUAAACACAAAUUACUGAUUACAGUCUUGGAAGUUAUUUCCACCAAAUUAGUACAUUUUAUAUUUUCUAAUACUGAGUCUAAACCUGACAGCCUAACACUGCUGGCCUCAUAUCUUCUCUCAGUAGAGUCUACUUUGAUCUGUGCAAGCCAUACCACUGUUUUCCAUUGUGCUGCUGUCUUUUAGACAAAUCAUACAGAUAUAAAAUAGCACAUAACAUGAUUUUGUAGUAUCCCUUGAAUAUUAACAACUCUAUAUUCCAGAUAGCCAGCAAAAGAGGUGUUCACAGGAAGAGGAGCUCACCUCAACUUUCUCUAACUUUCUUUUAUUUGAAAAAAGUGCAAUUGUUCUGUGUGUUUUUUAUAUAUUCUACUUGCAGUACCCUCAGAUAGCUCUUUAAGGACAAAGCUGCAGAAACAAAUGAGCUGGUGAAGGGUCGGUCUCUCACAGCUGGUAUUUUGUGCUCUGCUGAAAUUGCAUACAGUUCACCAAACAAGUCAAGGGCUUGACGCAAUUAAAUGCCUCUUGAAAAGAAAAAGGGGAAAAAGAGCAUUACCGUUGCUUACAAAUGACCAACACGGCAAAAUUCAAACAGAUUACAGUGCUCUUUAGAAAUGAAGCUGGAUAAUGUAUAACUUAAUCCUUUGGUGUUAAACAAGAUAACUCUUGUUUAAGCUGGAUUCUCUUUUUAGCAUUUGAGCGAUGCACUCGCUAAGCCGUCUGUUUGCAGCAACAGUUGUCAUGGCUCUGAAGUUAUGUAAUACUGCAGAGGGAUACGUGGUUGACAGCGAAAUAGUUGUGAGGCAGAUGUACGGGAGACUGGCGGUACCAGAUCCCCCAGACCUGCUGCAAGAAUCUGAUACCGAUGUCAGCCAGGAGAUUAUAAGCUAUUCCUUAAAGAGAUGAGGGUUGUGUAACGUGUUUGUGAUGUUUAAAUUUACCACUAACAAAUAUAUACCAGGUCACUUAUACACGAGUACUACCACAGGUCUGUUUAUCUUGCAUGUGUUGAGAUGUCCUAUGGAUACGAUAAUACAUAUAUUCUGACAAAAAUGCCUUUCACCAAACUGGUACAGCAAAGAGAAAAUAAUGACAUUUAUUUUACAUAUCUUCUAAGAAUUUGAAGUACCUCAAAACAACAAAUAAUAUUUUUGUAAAACUGAAUUCAACCUUUGCAAUGCAAACAAAAAGGUUUCUUUUCGCACAAGCUUCAAAAAGCAAAAGCAGAUGCAAAUGUUUUUUUAAAAAAAAAAAACAAGUUUAGAAUCUUACGUCUUGAGACGU